AUGGCUUCCAAUAUUCUCUUUCUUCCUUUUCGGAAGUCCCAUUCCGUCAACCUCACCGAAGCCAUAAAGCAGUAUAUAUCCUCCAAAUAUGACCAGCAUCCGGACAUGUUCAAGCCCGACCUGGAGACCAUUGAAAAGCUGCGGUCGACCGCCGUACACGCGCAGGAGCCGCACCCAAGCAACAUACCCAAGCUACAGCAGUAUGCAGCACAGCUCGUAUGGCUGAGUGGGAAGUUCCCCGUCGACAUUGGCGUCGAGUUCCCAUGGUACCCGGCUUUGGGAUACAAUACGAGUCGGCCUGUGUCGCGCAACAAUCUUCGUUACGAGCUUGCGAACGUCAUGUUCAAUCUCGCCGCUAUGUACUCCCAGCUGGCCAUGUCAUCGAAUCGAAGUACGCCAGAUGGCUUGAAGGUGGCCGCCAAUAACUUCUGCUUGGCUGCUGGUGUCAUCUCACAUCUGAGAAACACAGUGCUGCCUGAGCUCCGAACCGAGCCUCCUGAAGACAUGGACCUUAUGACGCUGGAUUGUCUGGAGAAGCUCAUGCUGGCUCAGGGCCAGGAGUGCUUCUGGCAGAAGGCUGUCAAGGACGGGUUGAAAGACGCAACCAUCGCCAAGCUCGCCGCUCGAGUCUCAGACCUGUACAACGAAGCGUGCGAGGCAGGCAUACAGUCUGAUUCUGUCAGCAGCGAGUGGAUACACCAUAUGACGGCCAAGCAUCACCACUUCGCCGCCGCCGCUCAAUACCGGGCCGCUUGUGAUUGCUUAGAGAAGCGCAAGUACGGCGAGGAGGUUGCAAGAUUGAGGGACAGUCUCACGUGUGUGAACGAGGCUCUCAAGGAACAACGGUACAUCAACAAGCUUGUGCUGGCUGAUCUCAACGGUCUCAAGAACAGGGUCAGCGAGGAUCUGAAGCGAGCUGAAAAGGACAACGACAUGAUCUACUUGCUACCCGUCACACCCAAAGCCGAACUAAAGAUACUCGACCGAGCCAACAUGGUCGUCUCUCGAGUACCCAAGGAGAUUGCUGAAUCGAACGCACUGCUGGGAGAGAAGGGCGAGCUUGGUCCAGCUCUCUUUUCCAAGCUGGUACCUUAUUCCGUGCACCUGGCAGCGAGCAUAUACGUCGAUCGUCGUGAUCGAUUGGUCAACACCACCAUCGUUGAGGAGCUCGAGAACCUCACGGCUCAAAUCCACGAGGUGCUUCGCAGCCUCAACCUGCCUGGAUCUCUUCAAGCUCUCGAGAAGCCUCUAGGACUACCACCAGGCCUGAUGGCUCACGCAGAAGAGAUUCGACAGCAAGAUGGUAUCCAUCGCCUAGAACGGUCAAUGGAAGACACCAAAAAACUCAUGUACAGUGAUCAAGCCGUGUACAGUGAGGGUGUAGACAUUUUGAAAUCAGAAGCCGUGGAGGACGAGAAUGCACGGCGACGAUACGGAACUGCUCUGUGGACUCGGUCGCCUGCAGAACAAGCCGCACCGAAGCUCUACGCGCAGAUCAAGGAGAUCGAUGGCUACUUCAAGGCUGCUGCAAACAGCGACAACAUCGUCAAGACCAAGUUGAGGGAGAACGAGCACUUCAUCAGACUACUUGGUGGGCCUGAUCACGAUCUCGAAAACUACGUACCGAGCGGUCGCAGGCCAGCUAUCACAGGGGACGUUGAGCGAGAAGCUGGCAAGCUGCGCGGCUGCUUCAACGAAGUCAGCCGUUUGGAAAGCAGAAGGCGGCGAAAGAUUGAGGCUCUGCGAACGAAAGCGAAGCAAGACGACAUCAACCCAGAGUUGCUGCGCGAAGCGGCUCGCUUGGAACGGGAGUAUCCCAUGCAAACCAUUGAGGCUGUACAGUUUGAAGGGCUCUUUGAUAGGCGGCUGCAGAUGUACGACGUUGACCAGGACAUGGUCCAGGAAGAAGGGAAAGAACAGAUCGAGGCGAUCAAGCGGCUGCAAGAUGCCAACGCGUCCUUUUUGAUUGCUCGCCGGGGCGAUCAAUCGACGAGACAGCGUGAACAAGCGCUGCAAAACCUGGAGAAUGCGUACUUCAAGUACAAGGAAAUCAUCUCGAACUCUGAUGUAGGCCGGAAGUUCUACAACGAUCUCGCCAAGAUUGUCAACCGGUUCCGCGACGACGCACGCAGCUUUGCUUACCAACGAAAAUCCGAGGCAUCGCAGAUGGAGAGCGAUCUGGCUACUCGCAUGAGCUCCUUGAACCUCCAGCAAGCCACCUCCAACUCACUGCAGCAGCAAAAGAAGGCCGAUGCGCAAAACCCGCAGUAUGGUGCGGAAGCGCACGCCGAGACGCCUCUGACGGCCCCGAAGCCGACAAGAGCAAGCGUGCCUCCAGGUGGAAUGUGGACGCCCGAUGUUGGGAUCAAAUUUGGCAGUGGUGGCGUUCCUACCUCUUCAGGCAACGCGCGACCAACCAAUGGCCCUGCGCAAGACGGGCGUUGGGAUCCUACCAAGGGGCUGAAAUUUGCUUAA